AUGCCCACUGAAGAGCCCGAUCCACCAGAUGGCGCGAGGAACGGACUCUCUGUGCUGGGCGUUCUACCACGCCUUAGCAAGAACUACGCCGUGCCCAUCGCUCAGCCGCCGCCUCGCGAGCCGUCACCAGAAGUAGUGGUAGGAACGGUUUAUCCUUUCGAGCCUCCUGACUCGCCCACGGCGUGGGAGCCACAUCCAGACAUUGAAUUAGUUUCCGGCGGCGGCGAGGGCUCGUCAAAGCCGCCCACUGCUUCGCCGUCUACUGUCAGCACCGCGCCCGUGGAGCGACCGCGUGUGGGAACAACGUACAAGCAGCAGACGCUCUGGGGCGCCCCUCCUCCCCGAAACGCUACUCCCCACAAGCGCUCUGCUCCUUCUGCCGAUCCGAAGCCACCCACCGCUCUGGCGGAUGCUGAGUAUGAGUCGGUCAAGAAGACCUUUGAGGGUCAGUGGGCAGGUAGCUUCAAGUGGUUGCGUUUACUGCGCAUGUCUAACGGCCGUCUGUCUCUGAAGUGUGCUAUUUGUGUGAAGCAGGGAGACCCCCUAGCGCACACCGCUUACGGGCCGAGGGGUGAGGGAGCGCGGGAUCUCCAGAUUGGCAGCAUCCGCACUCACACCUCAUCCCGUGCACACAAGCAGGCGUUGGAGAGCCAAGAGAAGGCGGAGGCGGAGAAGGCGAAGCAGGCUUCUAUCACUCGCUGGCAGGCCACGGACGCAUCCACUCGUCACAUCAUUCGGUUCCUCCACAUCGCGCAUUUUGUAUCGGGGAGAAGAUGCAGCUUCCCCGAGUUCAUCCAGAGUCACGGGAAAACGGACAAGCGCGAGAUGAAGGCGGAGGGCGUAGACGGGGACGGGAAUCCCGUGACGUUUGAGUUCACGCUGCACGAGCGCCCGCUGGCUGGACACGAGACGGGAGGCGAUGUAACGGCGUGCGUCGAGUUGGCGAUCAAGUACGUGCGCGCCAUUGACAAGGAGCUGGAGUGGCGGAUGGGAGACCUGGAGCUUUUCCGCACAGCCUCGUACGUGUCCGACGACACGAAGCGGCUGGAAACCUUCAAGAAGUGGCUCGUUUAG